AUGGCGCCCUCUCUCUUUCGCAAACGCCACGAGGCCGAGGAUAUUAUUCCUAUCCCCGGCCCUCUUGAGACAGUCUCCGCCUCCGGUCGCGAUUAUCUCGAGAACCUUCAGCAAUUCGAAAAGUCGCACAAGUUCGACCCCAACCUACCCAUCGACGACCUCACCGAUGUGGACGCCGCUAUCGCGACAGGAAAUGCCGAGAAGGGAAUCGAAAUUGAGCACGCGCUCAUGGAAGACAACAGUCCCUAUCCUGAAGUCCGAUCUGUUGUCCGAAACUACGAUGUUGAUGUCCCCGCCAACACCAUCCGUGCCUGGGUUAUCGGCAUGGUUCUAUGCACCAUCGGCUCCGGUGUUAACAUGCUCUUCUCGUUGCGAAAUCCCAGUGUCACGGUCACAACCUAUGUUGUCCAGCUUGUCGCCUACCCCCUGGGCCUUGGUUGGGAUUUAAUAAUGCCCGAUCGUGAAUGGAACUUGUUUGGCCUAAAAUUCAACCUGAAGCCCGGCAAAUUCAACUACAAGGAGCAUGUGGUGAUUGUAGCCAUGUCGAAUGCCGCCUAUGGUGGUGGUGUUCUUUACGCAACCGAUGUACUUCUUGCCCAGCAGAUUUUCUACGGUCAAGAAUUUGGCUGGGCAUUCCAGAUCCUAUUUGGUAUAACCACUCUUUGCACUGGUUAUGGAUUGGCUGGUCUUGCCCGUCGUUUCUUGGUAUGGCCUGCUGCCAUGAUUUGGCCUACUGAUCUAGUCAACUGUGCCUUGUUUUACACACUUCACGACCACUCUGGCUCCGACCCCACCAAAACCAACGGCUGGAGAAUGGGACGUUAUAGGUGGUUCCUGAUUGUUGGAUGUGGAGGGUUCGUUUGGUACUGGUUCCCCGGCUGGAUCUUCAAGGGACUGUCUUACUUCACUUGGGUUUGUUGGAUUGCGCCUCACAACGUCACCGUAAACAAGCUCUUCGGCGGCAUGACUGGCUAUGGCUUGAUGCCCACAUCUUUUGACUGGACCGUGUACAGUGGCUACCUUCAGUCUCCUCUGAUCCCACCAUUCCACGCCAUUGCCAACGUCCUUGUGGGAAUUAUUGUCUUCUUCAUCUGCAUAUCAAUGGGAAUACACUUUACAGGUACAUGGUAUGCGGAUUACUUCCCUGUUCAGUCAUCCGAAUCCUACGACAACACAGGCGCCAUCUACAAUGUCUCAAGGAUCCUUGACAGCAACUUCCACUUCAACGAGACAGCAUACAAGGAGUACUCGCCGCUAUUUUUGCCAACACAAUUUGCUCUCUCAUAUGGAUUGUCCUUCGCAGCUGUGACAGCUGUUGUCGUGCACGUUGUGCUCUACCAUGGACAUGAGAUUUGGAGACAAUUCAAGCUUGCCCGCAACCAGGAGGAUGACGUCCACAUGCGUCUAAUGAAGAAGUACCGAGAUGCAGAGGAUUGGUGGUAUGCUGCUCUAUUCGUCGUCAUGGUCGCCAUCUCGAUUGGUGUCAUUGCUGGCUGGCCAACUGGUUUCCCUGUUUGGGCUUACUUCAUCUGCCUUCUCAUCCCCGUGUUGUGGCUGAUCCCUAUCGGUGUUGUUCAGGCCAUCACCAACAUUCAGCUCGGCCUUAACGUUUUGACAGAGUUCAUCAUUGGUUACAUGGUUCCUGGUCGCCCCAUGGCUAUGAUGAUGUUCAAGAACUACGGUUAUAUCUGCAUGGGUCAGGCACUCUACUUUGCCCAGGAUCUCAAGCUUGGCCAUUACAUGAAGGUUCCUCCUCGGGUUAUGUUUUCUUCGCAGCUCGUCGCGUCUAUUUGGUCCGCUAUUGUACAGAUUUGUGUGAUGAACUGGGCUCUCGGUCACAUCCCUGACGUCUGCGCUAUUGACCAGCCCAACAACUACACCUGCCCCGGAGGUCGUGUCUUUUACACAGCCUCUGUCAUCUGGGGAGCCAUCGGCCCAUCCCGCAUCUUCAGUCACGGUGCUAUUUACUCAUCUCUCCAGUGGUUCUGGCUGGUCGGUGCUGUCACACCCAUCAUCACAUGGCUUCUCGCUCGCAAGUGGCCGCGUUCAAUCUGGCGAUACGUCAGCACCCCCCUAAUUUAUGGAGGUGCUGGUAUGCUGCCUCCAGCCUCUGUCUACAUCUACCUCUGCUGGGGUAUUGUCGGUGCUUUCUUCAACCGCUUUGUCAAGAGGAGAUACACUGGCUGGUGGCUGCAGUACAACUACGUCACAUCGGCGGCUCUGGACUGCGGUCUCAUCAUGUCGACCAUGGUAAUCUUCUUCACACUGUACUUGACGAGUGCAUCUCCUCCAAACUGGUGGGGAAAUUAUGGUGCCAUGGAGACAAUGGAUUGGAAGACACAUGCUAUUUCAAAAUCGGUGCCUGAAGGAACCAUCAUUGGACCCUCAACAUGGAACUGA